AUGGCGACGGUCAACGGUAAAGAUUUAAAUAUGGAACAGCCCGCCGUGCCACCCUCUUCGUUAAUCAGACGCGUCAGUUCGCGAUCAAUUCGAAAUUCAAUUUCGGAGGAUAAAGAAAAUGGCGAAAAUGUAAACACUGUAAAAGGUUCUUUUGUUAGUAAAUACAAAAAGACACCGGAAGCGUUGAAGAAUUUCCACAUGAACGACGUCGAGAAUGAACUAGAAGUGCCCGGAACACCGAUGACACCACGGACAUCGACAACACCUGGUCACGAGAACUGUACAUUCCAUCAUGAUCUGGAACUGGACCACAGGCCGCCCACAAGAGAGGCUCUGCUUCCCGACAUGGCCAACUCCUACAGACUGCUUCUCACAGGUUUAGGAGAGGACCCCGAGAGACAAGGUCUACUGAAGACGCCUGAACGGGCGGCCAAGGCUAUGCUGUUCUUUACCAAGGGCUACGACCAGAGCUUGGAAGAGGUACUAAACAAUGCGAUCUUUGACGAGGACACAGACGAAAUGGUGGUGGUAAAGGAUAUUGAAAUGUUCUCAAUGUGCGAGCAUCACUUGGUGCCGUUCUACGGGAAGGUGUCUAUUGGCUAUUUACCACAAGGAAAGAUUCUUGGUCUCAGCAAGCUGGCUAGAAUUGUUGAAAUAUUCUCACGCAGACUGCAAGUGCAGGAGCGUCUCACCAAACAAAUAGCUAUUGCGGUGACACAAGCAGUCCGACCAGCGGGAGUGGCAGUCGUCAUUGAAGGAGUACACAUGUGCAUGGUGAUGCGAGGUGUCCAGAAAAUCAACAGUAAGACAGUGACGUCGACAAUGUUGGGCGUGUUCCGCGACGAUCCAAAGACGAGGGAGGAGUUCCUCAACCUCGUACAUUCCAAGUGA